CCCUUUCCUCCUCGCCGAGCAGGACCAGCAUGCGACGAACCGGACGUCGUCGCGUCUUUGCCCGGUCAGACAUUCAAAUCGUCUCACCCAAAUCGCUGGCGGAACAUCUCCGUCGUGUUCGAGGCGAAGAGGACGGACAAGGAGGAUCCGAUGUUAUACUGCUCGAAAGUCAACGACGAGACGCUAGUGCAACUAUCCAAGAGCGCGCGUAACAUCCUCGUCGCCCAAAGCCGGCUGUUCGUUUUCACAGUCGGCAUCUAUGGACGCCUCGCACGUAUCUUUCGAUUCGACCACGCCGGCGCUGUUUGCUCGCAGGCAUUCGAGUAUGAGUCUCACAACGGUGCGGUGCUUCACGAGUUCUUCUGGCGUCUCGUGCAUCCGAUUCGCAAGGAUUGUGACAUCGUCGGUGCGGAUCCGGCCGUUCAGCUCGCGACUUCGCACCCGCGCGACGUGAAGCCAAAACUGCGCUCCUGUGGCGUUGACGUCUGCGACGAAACUAAGAAGGCGUGUCGCUGGAUCACCCUCGAGGGCGCGGACAAGGGCAAGGACAAGAAAUAUCUCCUCUACGAGCUGAUCUUUAUCAACCCACGCCUCUUCUCCCGCGCGACGACGAUAUGGAAGGCUUUGGAGCUCGAUGACCAUGGCGAACCGACUGGUAAACACGUUGUCAUCAAGGACGCGUGGCGUCAGCUCGUGCGGGAGUCGGAACUCAAGUUCCAUAGACAGAUCCAUGAGGAGGCUUUCAUGGCUGUGUGGAACGCGGAGUGGCGUGGCUUGGCGACAGUCGUGGCGGGUGCCGACCUUGGAGAAGAAGAGGAACUACACGUAGAGGACGAAAACCAAACACGCUCCGGGAUACACCAAGUGAACGGUGCGCACCAAUGGUACGAGCGGAGCCAUAUGCGCCUCGUCUCGGACGUCAUCGGCACCCCAAUCUCGCAAUUCCAGCGUACAAAGGAGAUGACGCAGGGGCUUCGAGAUGCAAUACACGGUCAUCGGCUGGCCUUCGAAGCUGGCAUCAUGCACCGCGAC